CCCAGUUUCAAGCUCUGACAUCAGUCUUGUCGCUCGAAUACAAUCUAGCCAUCCCUACGCCAUAACCGAGCUCUCUCUCUCUCCACAUAUGUGUAUAUUGAUUCUCUCUUACUUUUUGCGCUGUCGAUAUCAUAAAUGGUUAAUCACGCCAUGAAGCGUUUGGUCCACAGCAUAGAUGUUGGUAUAAAAUUGUUAAAGAAACACGACUCGUACGAAAGAAUUCUGUAUAAUGUUCUUAGUAGGUAUCAAUCACAAUGGUCGAAGGUAGAAAAGGUGGAAACUGAUGAUUUAUCAAAGGAGGGAAAGAAUACAACAAUUCAAGCACCUGUAAGGCCUAAAGCGCAUCAGAACACAGACUACGAAUCCAGGAUUAGCAAAUAUAGUUCCGAUGAAGAAGAUUUCGGCAAUAAUAAGUGGAAGUUGGAACUUGCUUGGCUCACAAAAGCACUUGAACCGGCAUUGCAAUUAUGGAAUGGAAUCAGAAACAAACCCCCACCUAGCAGUAGAUCAUUUGCAGAGAUUGUGGCAAGCAUUCAAUGGAGCAAGCUUGGACUCCAGGAUUGGAGCUUAAGUGAUCUUACAAUAGGCCUAUAUCUUAUAUACCUUCGGCAAGCAUCUAUGAAUCCAUUUGAGGAUGUUAAGGGUGUACAGAUCUCAUCAGAGUCAACUGUCCAGGAUCUUAUCUAUCACACAGAAUUAGCUAAAGGGGCUUAUAAGGAUAAUGCUGCAAGUCUGGCAAGAAAUAGCAUGCUUCGAGAAAGCAAUGUUGUGAAAUUUGUUAGGAACUCGAGUGUGUUGAGGCCAGGAUAUUAUAUAGGAGUUGAUACUCGAAAGAAACUUGUGAUUCUUGGAAUUCGGGGAACUCAUACUGUCUACGACCUUAUCACUGACAUUGUCUCUUCAAGCAGUGAAGAAGUCACAUUUGAAGGCUAUUCAGCCCACUUUGGUACAGCUGAGGCUGCUCGCUGGUUUCUUAGUCAUGAGAUGGGAACCAUAAAGAAGUGCCUUGAGAAACACAAGGGAUUUAGGUUAAGGCUAGUGGGUCAUUCUCUUGGGGGUGCUACUGCUUCGUUGCUGGCGAUAAUGCUCCGUAAAAAGUCAUUUGAGGAGCUGGGGUUUAGCCCUGAUAUUGUUUCAGCAGUUGGAUAUGCAACUCCACCUUGUGUUUCCAGAGAACUUGCUGAAAACUGCUCUGAUUAUGUCACCACUCUUGUUAUGCAGGAUGAUAUAAUUCCAAGGUUAAGUGUAGCUUCUCUGACGAGGUUAAGGAAUGAAAUUCUUCAAACUGAUUGGAUGAGUGUUUUCGAAAAGGAAGAUUGGAGAACUAUCAUAGAUUUAGUUACAAAUGCGAAGCAGUUUGUGUCUUCUGUACAAGAUGUUGCUCAGAAGCUUGCUGACUAUGCCAAGUUCAGUAGUGAGAUAAAAGUUCCUGAUGUUUCCCGCAGAAAGGAAUCACCUGUGGUUGCCACUGUUCCUACAUCCUCCAUGCCUGUCGGAACAAGUAAUGCUUUAACUAAAAAGGAUCAAGCUGCCUGCACAAUGGCAGAAGAAUUGUUUGUUCCUGGGACUCUUUAUUAUCUAAAGAGGAAUGUGGACACUCAUGGUGGCAGCAACAUUGGCAAAGUUGGGGAAUUCUUUACACUGUGGAAGAGACAUCCCGGUAAACAUUUCCAGAGGAUACUGCUCUCAGGCAACUUAAUUUCAGACCACAAAUGUGAUAGCCAUUAUUAUGCUCUGAGGGAUGUAGUCAAAGGUUUGCCUGGAUCUGGUGAGGAAGAAAAAUUAGCAACGGUCAUGUGUCUGAAAUUAUAUUUUAUUGCAAUAGCACAAGCAUUUCUUAUGUUCAAGCCCCCAUUUCUGUUAUUAACUCAAAACUGUAGUCUUCUUUUACCAAUUGGAGCCCGGGUUUUGAAUGGUGAGGUGGCUACUUUGCACUCUGAGGUAAUUGUUGCUGAAGGUGAAGCUGAGGGGACACUAGACGGAGGUGAUUCGCCUUCUUUACUUCCUUUCUCUUGCUGGUUCCAUCAGCCAUUUAUGGAAAUGAUGUUUCAAUCGUCAUAA